AGUAACAUCAUAAAUGCACUGAGGCUGUGAAGAGGGAACUUGGAAACGUCUAGUAAUGCGACGCCAAAGCAGACUGAUAGACACCAGAACAAAUAUAGUCCUACCUGAUUUAAAGGUGUUUACUCAAUAAAGCAUCUUUUUCUGCAGUUGUGGGGAAUUUCUCUGGAAUUUUUUAUCAAGUGCUCUUUUGGCUCUUUUUUGUUGUGCCAACUGAAAAUUGAAAAGUGGAGAUGAAUUCUACCGCUUUCAAUCAAACGGACAGUGCAGGACUUUUCAAUAAGACUGAAGAUAUAUUUUGCUGUAACUUUUCAUCAGUGGUGACUGAUAAUGGCUUCGUGGCGGCGACUCCGGAUGAGAGAAGUCUCUUUCUCAUGAGAGUUGUCCAGAUAGCAGUUAUGUGCGUGUUAUCGCUCACGGUGGUUUUCGGUAUAUUCUUUUUGGGCUGCAAUCUUCUCAUCAAGUCAGAGGGAAUGAUCAACUUUUUGGUGACGGACAGAAGACCAUCCAAAGAGGUAGAAGCAGUCAUUGUUGGUGCAUAUUAGUAGCCGCCUAAAGGGCUCUUUGGGAGACUUUGUCAAUGAAUCCACUUUUCACCAACAGCAGAGACAGAGACAGAGAUACAUGAAUGGUCAAGUAUCCACAUAAGAACCCGUUUCUAUUGUUCUGUUCUCGACAGUUGGCGAAAAUGUAGGACAGAACAGGCCUAUACUUAGACACUGUAGACACGCACAUCUCCAAUAAUUAGCCCGAAAUUAGCUCUCACUUUUUGACAAACACUCAUGUCAUUUAAUAUCUAGACGCUCUCUAAUUGUUAUAGCCUUUUUGUCAAAGUGACAAUCGUUUUUUAUUUUUUACUUCAAAUACCGUCUCAUAUUGCUAAAGCAAUGGGGAUGAAUGAAUGUUUGAAAAAUGCAUAUUGUAUGUUUUUUUUGCAUACAUGCAAGACAGGAUAAUGAUUUAAUCAAUGUGCCUAACGCGUUUCCUAUUGAACAUUUGUAGAUAAUGAGUGGUUAAAUGCAUGAACGUUGGAGACAUAACGAUACAGCAACAACACUAGCUUUGUUUAUUGGAAUAAAUUAAUCCCCUAAUUA